GGCGGGCAGUAUAUUUUAUAUUUCAGCGUUCAUUUUAUCCACAACAAACGUGAUGUCAGUGACAGUUUUGGUGAUACUCUAAUCGAUGAUGCCAGGGAGGGGACAAUCAAGUUUUUCGAGCACUACAGGUCCAAAUACGGUUCUCGCUUGCAGGUGGUGGCGGGCUUCGAUGCGAACGUCACUUUGCCAGGCAACGUGCUUGGGACUACCGGAUCAGGUGUGCGAGACCCUCUUCGGUCUCACAGCCCUUCCAUGCAGCACCCAAUCCUGUCCUGGAUGGAGGCGCUGGGGAUUCGGGCGCUGAACACCUACAACAACGAGGCGGCACACUCUGAGCUCUGGACGUGCGGGUUGCGGAGAAAAGAGAAGGCCAGAUCUCAGAUUGAUUUUGUUGCCGUGUCUGAUGGGCUGGACGGCGUGGGGAAGCCUUUGAAUUUUCUCGACAUCAAGUCCGAGUCAGCUUUAUGGGUGAAGAUGGACCAUCGGCCAGUGCUGGCCGCCAUACGCUGGGAGCCGCGCGAGGGCAUGAGCACGGAGAGCGCACGUCCGACAGCAUUACUCCGGAAACUCCCGAAGGGUACAUUAUCUCAUCCUCGGGUUCGGGAGUCCUUCCUGGGAUCCGUGGUCCGUCCAGACACUCUUCAAGCAGAUCUCCGGUACUUUGAGGACGUAUUGUACGGGAUCGGCCGUCUGCAUCAUGAGUGGGACCGCGAAUGGAGUACCGACGUGAGGGCUACACGACGACAUGCGUUGCGACAGUUACGUUGGAAAUUGCGGGUGGAAGGCGACGUGGCCAACCGAAAAACUAUUAUGAAAACAAUUUGGAAAAUGAUUCGGGAGUCGAGGGCACACAGGCUGCAGCGUAAAUUUGCUAGCAUACGGACAAGUUGCGCAGACAAGCAUUUCAUUCCGACUUCCUUCAAGAUUGAUGGGGCUAUCUCAUACGACAGGGAAGAAUGGAUGCAGGCUGCGUUCAGAUUCGGGCUAAAACGGUUCGGGGAUGAUACCAAUCUUGCAGCGCAUCAGUUGGAUCGUUGGCACGGCCUGCAAGAACGAGUGCAACAAGAAACCCAUGGUACCGACAUCGAGUUCUGGGAUACGCUCCAAGCGCAAGCCUCCAUGAAAGCCGGCGGGGCGGGCGGCGUCGACGGCAACCCAACGGAGGUUUUCAAAGCUUUACCGUUUCUUGCAACUGCCCGCUUGCAUGCUCUUCUUCUUAGGGGCGGAGCGGGAUCCGGAGCCGGCGUCCCAGUCGCCUUACUGGAAAAUAUUGGAGUGCCUGCCGAAAUCGCAUCGUAUCCACGAGCUCGGCGACAUGAGGUGGAUUGGCAAGUCGCCGGUGCUGCAAAAAUGGUUCGUUCGAGCUCUGAGGCCACGUGUUCGGGACAGUUGUCGGCCAUCACGGGUGCACACAUACGGUUUCAAGAAAUGUUUUUCUACUGCUGACUUCAACAGCGUGGUACGAGAAGCGCUGUACGCCGCUGCAGUUUGGAACUUGCCGAUUUGCGUAUCUGGGUAUGACGUUUCCAUAGCGUUCGAUUCCAUGCCGCAUGAAUUGAUGCAGGACUCGUUGCUGGCACGAGGGGUUACCGCUAGAGACGUGGCUCUUCUCAUGGGAGAUCUCACGGGGUUGCGCGCCAGGAUCACAUUACCUUUAGCCGGCACAUCGGAGCCGUUUUUAUUUGCGAAAGGCGGGAAGCAGGGGGGAGUAGAAACCCCAGACGAAUGGAAUUGCAUGACCGAGCACUUGAUGGAGCCCGUCGUCGAAAAAUGGACUGCAUCAUCAAUGGGUUUCAAGUUUCCGGACGAAGAGGGCGGCGCGCAGUGUUUGUUGAACCACGCCGUUUGGGUUGACAAUUUCAUAUUAUUCGCCACCGAUGCGACCAUGACGAAGACCAUGGUCGACGAUGUCAACGUCGCGCUGGGGAGCCACACCGACGCGCACGGCCACAGGUAUCUGAAAUGGAAACCUUCAUCCCCGGAGGUCAUGUGCAGCGGGUCUCUGCGAGGAGCUGAUCCCGCUACCGUCACAGUCACCCAGUACGGCGAGACUUUGGAGUACAAGCGAGUGGACUGCAUGGGUAUCCUGGGAGAUAAGUUCGACGAUGCCGGUUCCACUUUUGUCAGUUACGAGCACAAUAUUCGCAUAGCGGAGGCGCAUUAUUUCAAGCACAGGAAUGUCUUAAGCAAUGUCGGGGCGAGUUUCCGCAGGCGGCUGAAAUUGUGGCAUGACUCUACCGCCACGCGAGCUUGCUACAAUUGCUGCACGUGGCAUUUCACGUCUGGUCUAUUGCAUGCGGCACGCAGGUGGGAGAACAAAAUGUUACGGCGGAUCUUGCGUCUCAAACGGCGCCCGGGUGAAUCGAAUUGGGCAUGCAACGGCCGCACUUCAGAUGCCAUUCGUACGUGGAUGUUUCGCGCCUCGGCGCGCCCCCUACCAGGGCGCAUUCUGAAGGCAGUGUUCAAGAGAGCGUGGAAGGAAACUGCGUUCCACAUUGGCAAUGGGCAGCUACUUCUGCAGGAUUUGCACACUUACCGCAACGCGCAAUGGUGGAGUGGGUGUUUAGCGCUGGCAUCGGAAACAAAACGACGGAAGCUCGGCUUGGUGCGGAAACAUUGCGGGCAGCAGCCCGCAUCUUGGGAGAGACCUUUUGUGGACGUAUGGGGCGUGGAGUGGAGAUCCCAAAUGGCGACGUGCACUACACUGGCACAGUGGCUGCGCAAGUUCGGCGAUUUCCGGGAUUCUCUCUUUCACAUCUGGGUUCUUCCACUCAAGGAGCCGGUGGACGAGGUGGUCGGGAGGCCGGCAAAGCGGAUGAAGUUCAGCACCGGGAUCGACGACAUACCAGAAUGCUUGGCCAACAGCAAGGAGGGUUCUUGGGAUGGCGGAGCACGGCGCGUUUGGAUUCAAGUCGACAACCAGCUGUUGAGAAACAUUUUUGCCGGUCAUGCUCAAUUGAAGUGCGAAUAUACUCGCCCCGUCUGCGUUCGCAUUGGUAGACAGAUACUUCAGUUGCUCGGGGCUGGAGUCCUUCCGAGACGGAACACAACGCCGUUUAUCGAAUGGGACGAGAGACAGUACAACGCCGUCGCGGAUCACGCUGCGAAUGUCGCGCUGGACACGGAUAGCGACUGGGAGAGGAUAUGCGACGAGGUGGUGUGCCGGGCGACCGCCGACCGCAUGAACCUGCGAGUGUGCGUCGACGGUGCCCUGCGAGGAAACGGCAGGGCAGCAGGGGGCAUGGUUAUCUACGGGUACACAGCAACAUCGUGUCGAACCGAAUUGUACAGGGCAGGGAAGUGCUUUGGAAAUCUGAAUUCUUCUUUUCUGGCGGAGAUGCUGGCUUUGGAGUGGGCACUGGGAGCGCUGUCGGCGACGUUCGUGGGUGGAGCGCUAUGGUGACGCAGUGGGUAGGGGUGUGUGCUAGACGCAUUGGCCCGAAUCGUAAAGAAAG